AAUAUUUUUGAUUCGUUGACACGGCUGAAAUAUUAAAUCAAAAUGGCUGUCGCCGGAGUUUCAGUGGCGAUUGAAGCUGUCCAUGAAAAUCAGAUUCAAGAAGUUUCACUUGAUGGCCAUGAAAUUUUAGUGCCCCCACUGUCUAUGUCAGAAUGUCUGGCAAAGAGUGCACAGAAGAUAGAUUUUGGUGAAGAAGAUGGUGAGGAGAAAGGGAAGACAACUUCAGAAGAAGAUACUGAAGAUAAAGAGAAAGAAGCGUCCACAUUCCAGCCAUCAUUAUGGCCCUGGGAUAGUGUCAGGAACAAACUCAAGACAGCUUACACAGAGAUGGGAGUGUUGUUAGAUGUCCUUAAUAUUGCUAAAGAGAAGAAGUAUAUGGUGCUAGCACAUGUUCAACAAGACACAACAGAACCCAAGUCAGCAACACAACUCCUUGCUAAGAAAAAGGCAUUAGGCUUACAAUCAGUGUGCACAGGACUAUCGACAGCUGCGAGCCUCCUGACAAGUGGGGCUGAUAGGUUGAAACGAUCACAACAAGAGAUAGGUAACAGACAACAAAAUGAGUUCCAUUAUGAACUUCUUAAACUACGACAAAAUUGGAGACUGAAAAAAGUUGGAAAUGCUAUCAUUGGUGACCUUAGUUAUAGAUCAGCUGGAUCAAGGUUUUGGCAAGGAGGAACAUUUGAAGUAAGUAAGAAUACAACAUUACCAUCAGAGCAGACUGAGGGUGGUGUGACCAAUCAUAGUGCACUAGAGGUGAUUAUACCCAGUGAGCUGGAGGGAUCCUCGUACGUUCAAGUUGAAGUUAAAUGUGUGCCAGAGUCAAUGGAUCUGAUGACAGCUACAUUAAGGGUACCAGAUGGGUUUGGGAGAUACCCCUCUGAUGCCCACUGGCAGACUAAACUAGAGGCAGCUCAGAAUGUUCUCUUCUGUAAAGAACUCUUCUCACAGCUUGCUAGAGAGGCUACCCAGUUGAAAAGCAGCGUUCCACAUGUUGUUGUUGCAAACCAAAUCAUUACAAAUAUAUUUCCAAGUGUACAGUUAUCAAUAGUUUUGUGCCAUUCUACAGGGAAAGGGGAAAAGAAAUCUCCUGCCCAGCCUAGUAAAGUUGAACAUAAUCAUGUAUUAGAGCAUUCAUUACACCAAUUAUUACGAGAGGUACAUCAUAAAACACUACAUCUAGAUCCCCCACAACCUGUUACAGCAAGCUUUGGUAUGAGUAAGAGACGGCGCCUGGCUGGACCAUCGGCAAUGUCUCGCUCAGAACUUAAAGAAAUGGCGGACAGUGAAACUCUUCUAGAACAAAUUAUAAAACAGGCAAGACAUGAAGUGUUAAGAGCAAGAACUAUGGCAACAAUAGAUAGACUGGCGACAAAUAUAGCAGAUCCACAGAUCAUGGCUCACUGGAGUUGUCUCAACAGUCCUCUACAAUCUAAUGUUAAAAUCAUCAUUACAUCAAAUGGGUAUGAAGGCUUGAGGUUAACAUGGCAGUCAUUUGACCUUGAAAUAGGAACAGAAGGUAUCAAGGUGGUAACUAAGGACAGAAGAACACUGUCUCUAACAUUUCAGGAGAAAGAGGUUGAAGAUCUCAUUAGAUGGCAGGUAUCACAACAUCAUAUCUCGCUGUCACAGAAUCUGGCUAGACUGAUGGGUUGGCAAAUACUCAGUUAUAAUGGUUGUAGUGGUGUCGGAGAAAUGGAAGACUUUGCUACAGCCUCAUCUAUACAGCUUGUAGCUCCCAACAAUGACAGAAUGCUGUCAGUAAGAAGUGGUCCAACAACAGGACUACAUGUGUUUCUAAAAAUAGAUGAUAAAGAUAACCUUGACCCCAGUAUGGCUGCACUCAUUGACCCAAAAUGGCUGAAUCUAAGUGGAACUUUUAAAGAAAUAGAUAUGGACCAAAUAGAGGGAAGAAAUUUAGCAACAAAACUUGAACUUAUUUUAGCCAUGGUAAAUAAAAAAAGAUGAGUGUGUUAUGCUGACCAUAAU